AAAUCUACGGAAGCUUCCUGUAACUUCCUCUUUACUGCGCGAGCCUGAGCGAGACAGGCUCUUGUAAUCCACCAUGCCCGUUGCCAGGAGCUGGGUUUGUCGUAAGACAUACGUCACCCCCCGACGUCCCUUCGAGAAGUCCCGUCUCGACCAGGAGUUGAAACUCAUUGGCGAGUAUGGACUGAGAAACAAGCGUGAGGUGUGGAGGGUGAAGUUCACUCUGGCCAAGAUCCGUAAAGCUGCCAGAGAGCUGCUCACUCUGGACGAGAAGGACCCCAAACGUCUGUUUGAAGGUAAUGCUUUGCUCAGACGUCUGGUGAGGAUCGGUGUGCUGGACGAGGGUAAGAUGAAGCUUGAUUACAUCCUGGGCCUGAAGGUUGAGGACUUCUUGGAGAGAAGGCUGCAAACACAGGUCUUCAAGCUUGGUCUUGCCAAGAGCAUCCACCAUGCCCGCGUCCUUAUCCGCCAGAGGCACAUCCGUGUGCGCAAGCAGGUGGUGAAUAUCCCCUCCUUCGUGGUCCGCCUGGACAGCCAGAAACACAUCGACUUCUCCCUGAGGUCACCAUACGGCGGCGGACGCCCAGGCCGCGUCAAGAGAAAGAACGCCAAGAAGGGCCAGGGUGGAGCUGGAGGAGCUGAUGAUGAAGAGGAAGAUUAAGAAGGAUGACUUUCUGAGACUUCCUUGUUCUGUCAAAAUUCUCAAUAAAAUGUUUUUGGUCCAACCAGAAAA